UAUAGUCUGAGCUAUAGCGCACGGAUGAUCCGAGAUUUACACAGACAAAUUCAAAGGAAUACCAGGACACUUGCGUUUUAUUUGUUUUGUUGUGUUUUUUUUUUUUUUUUUAUCUUUUCUUUUAUUAUUUCUUUUCGUUUUUUAAAGUAUGCGCCUUGCAUUCUUUGGUUAUUUAUACACUCAGUAGAGCCUCAUACUUGGAUGAUUGCUGUCAUUGUGUGAACUUGAGUUUGCAAUAAUGAAGAAAUUGACCUAUGUGGCUCUUUUAACAUUUGCAUCUGCUUGUAUGGUUGAUGCCAGCUGCCCAGCUGUGUGUGAAUGCCCCGCCGUGCCCCCGAUGUGCCCCGCUGGCGUGAGUCUGGUGUUUGAUGGUUGUGGGUGCUGUAAAGUGUGUGCCGCCCAACUCAACCAGGACUGCAAUACUCACAAGCCCUGUGACCACCAUAAGGGUUUGGAAUGUAAUUACGGCAAUGAUGUGAUGUUGGGAACAGGAAUAUGUCGAGCCAAACUGGAGGGCCGCAGCUGUGAGUACAACGGUCGAAUGUACCAGAACGGCGAGAGUUUCCAUGUGGGCUGCAAGCACCAGUGUACCUGUAUAGAUGGAGCAGUGGGUUGUGGUCCUCUCUGUACCACGAGCCUGCCCCUGUCAUCACCCUCCUGCCCCUACCCUCGACUGGUGCGGGUGCCUGGUCAGUGCUGCUUUAGUGUGGACUGCCACAAAGGGGCGAUAGCACCACUGAUGCCCCCAUGGAAAACGAAGCAGCAGGCUAAUGGUCCUCUAGACAAGAGCAAGAACGUGCUGGGGAACGAGUUGUGGGAGAGGAGGAAUGGAUGGGAAGAUGAACAGGGAUAUAAACACUUACCAAACCCAUGGGCCAUUGUUCAGAUGCGAUGUGUGGUCCAGACGACUGAUUGGUCUCCAUGUUCGAGUAGUUGUGGAAUGGGCGUGUCCUCUCGCGUAACCAAUGACAACGCUCAAUGCAAGCUGGAGAGAGAGACUCGCCUGUGCAACAUACGACCCUGCAGCCCAAUGGCUGCUGUUCCCAAGAAAGGGAAGAAGUGUACACGCAUGCAAAAGUCACGAAAACCUGUUCACCUGUCCUACACAGGCUGCCGUAGCGUCCAAGCUUACCAGCUGAACUACUGUGGCGUGUGCACUGACGGGCGGUGCUGCAUGCCACGGCGCACCCGUACCGCCUCGGUCCCUUUUCAGUGCCCUGGAGGAGGACGUUUCGACAAAGCAGUCAUGUUCAUCCACUCCUGCAAGUGUGGACAAGACUGUGGGCACCUGAACGAAGCAGCCAUGCCGCCUCAGAAGUGGCUUUAUGGAGACACACACAAGUUCAUUGACUAAUUUUCUGUGAAGCUGUGAAGACUUUAUAUGGCAUAAUUUGACCGUAUCAUGACGACAGUGCACAACACGACUGCACUGAAAUGAGAAUAUUUAAGUGUAGUUUAUACCACAUAGAACACUGCUGACUCCAGUGAAGGCAUAUACACAGAUUAUAGUCCCGUUUUUUGCCUUGCAGGUUUGGUUCAGAGUUCUGCUGGUCAGCAAGUAUGAAUGGACGCAUCGUUUUAUUGCAUAUAUAUUUUGUAGUUACACAAAUUAUGUAAGUAUACUGUAAAUCUGACUGCUUCAUGUAAAUCCUGAUGACAAAAAAACUGAUCUUGCAGAAAACAAAGUUUCAAACUAGCCAAGGCAAUAGAUUUUGUAAGAUUUUGUUUGAUUGCACAACACCUAACUGUUGUAACUUUUAGGUGAAAUGAUUAGUCAGAAUUAGAAAGUUAGUUUUAGACAAUAUGUUUGACAAAGAAAAGACAAAGUGACAAAAAAAAGUCAUUAAGUAAGGAAUAAAACAUGUUUCCCAUAAUAGCAUAAUGGGAAAAUAAUCAGUGAUGGGUUGGUGUGAUGCUGCCUGAUGCAAAAGGGAGUUACAGCUACCCCAAAGUUAUCACUUAAGUUAUAGAAGUCUAUCUUUUUUACCUCUCUUGAAGAAAAAAAAACUAAACUUGUAACGUUACUAAGAAAUCGGAAAGCACAAAUUACUCGGCCCUGAAGAACCUCCCGUGGCGGAAACCUUAGCAACUAUUACAAACCACUGUCACUGGAGACUCCUUACAUAACUCUUCACAAGGUCACUGAUUAUGUGGAAUGUCUGCCAUCCAUGUGCACAUAUUAGAAUAAUCACAUUUAAUAUAAACGUCACAGCUGGGAACUAUUGUCAAAGCUGUCUUUAUAGGAAAUUAAUCAUCUUCUGACCAGUCAGAUUGGAGAAUUCUGCAGCGCUGUGGUAUAAUAUCCAAUUUGAUGGCUAAACUAAUCCUAAGUUGCUUCCGUCCAUCAACGGUAAACGAAAUAAGGAGAAAAGAGUUUUUGCUGGGAAACAGCAUAUUCAGAUUUUGGGGUGUUUAUAUGCCCCUACUAUAUGAAGCUAUACAGAAACAAAGUGAAUGAUAUGUAUACACAUAUCCACACAAAACCAGGAGCAAUUGAUGAAACACAGGAGCACUCAUUGCUACAUGCAUGCAUUAAUAUAUUUUCAGUUUUAAGAUGCCAAUUUGAUAUUGGCAGGACUGAUACAAGUCCUAUAAUGUGUAUUCAUUUACUAUAAAUUACUUAUUAGGUAUUGCUCAUGUUAACAGUUUUGAAUCUUAGGCAGCUAAUGUUUUUAAUGUUUGUUUUAUUGCACUAUUACUCAUGAACUCUGAUUGUAACUGCAGUGAAUAAACCAGUUUGCAGCACAAGAGAAUAAAGAGUAAUUAUUGCGUCUCA